AUGUCAGUUAAUAUGUCACUUAAUAUUAAUCACAUAAACAUUGCAAGCAUAGUUGUCCCAUUUCCCCCAUCAAUUAGUAUAGAUGAAAUCAUACACAUUCAUUUAAAAAAUGGAAUCAAGUGCAAUAAAACUAUGAAUCCAUUUAUGAUUUAUCGAAUAGAAUAUAAUCUUAUAGUUGCAAAGUAUAAUCUUAAACUUAAAGAUGUUUCUAAAUUUGCUAGAAAUUCAUGGAAGAAUGAGCCAGAAGAAGUAAAAAUUUACUACAGACAGAUGGCGGAAGAAGUAAAAAAAACAUAUAAAGAAAAGAGACCUCUUUGUUUCAUUCACAGCAAUAAAGUAUAUAAUACAAAUGAUAAUCACGUCCCUUUAGAUACCUCUAAUCCUCCACUUAAUAAGAAUCAAAAUUUUUCUUCGCCCCUUAAUCGGAACCAAAAAUUUUUAGAUGCUAAUCCUCCACAAAACUCUCUAGAUUCCACCUGUUUUAAUCUUCCACCUUCAAGUACAGACCAAAACACUGACCAACAAAACCAACCAAUCGUAUCAGAUAAUUUUAAAAAUGAAUGCCUGACUUGUCUGACUAUGAAUGAAGAUGAAAUAAUGAAUCAUUUUUCUGAAGAUUUGAUUUUAACUUACAAAACAAUUACCAUUUUGACCAAAAGAUAA